CGGUCUCUCGCCAUGAUGCAGCAGCCCCCGCCGUCGCAGCCGCACCCCGGCAUGCCUCCGCAAGGCGCCACCGGGCAGCCGCCGCACUGGGGCGCGAUCCCGCCGCCGAUGCCCCAGUACGCGCAGCCCCCGCCGCAGCAGCCGCAUGCGAUGUGGGGCCAGCCGCCUCCACAGGCGGCGCCCUACGCGCAGGUGCCUGCUCCGCAGCAGUACUACGCUGCGCCGCAGGCUCCGGCCGCCCCCGCGGCGGCGGACGAGGUGAGGACGCUCUGGAUCGGGGAUCUCCAGUAUUGGAUGGACGAGAACUACGUCUACGGCUGCUUCGCGAGCACCGGGGAGGUACAGUCUGUGAAGCUUAUCCGUGACAAGCUAACUGGACAGCUUCAGGGUUAUGGCUUUGUUGAGUUUGUAAGCCAUGCAGCCGCUGAGCGAGUGCUUACAACAUUCAAUGGGCAAAUGAUGCCAAAUGUUGAGAUGCAAUACAGGCUGAAUUGGGCCAGUGCUGGUGAAAAGCGUGAUGAUAGCCCUGAUUAUACAAUUUUUGUUGGGGAUCUUGCUGCAGAUGUUACAGACUACAUGCUACAAGAGACAUUCAGGGUCCAUUACCCUUCAGUGAAGGGCGCAAAAGUUGUAACAGAUAAAAUGACAAUGCGUCCAAAGGGUUAUGGUUUUGUCAAGUUUGGCGAUCCUGCAGAGCAAGCUCGUGCAAUGACUGAAAUGAAUGGGAUGCCUUGUUCUUCCAGACCUAUGCGCAUUGGUCCAGCAGCAAAUAAAAAAACAACUGGCGUUCAGGAGAGAGUACCAAAUACAAAUACUCAAGGAGCUCAGUCUGACAAUGAUCCUAACAAUACCACCAUAUUCGUCGGUGGCCUUGAUCCCAACGUCACUGAAGAUGCCUUGAAACUAGUUUUUGCUCCUUUUGGGGAAGUCAUCCAUGUCAAGAUUCCUGUUGGAAAGAGAUGUGGUUUUGUUCAGUUCAGUAACAGGCCUUCUGCUGAGCAAGCACUGCAAUUGCUGCAAGGUACCUUGAUUGGUGGGCAGAAUGUGAGGCUUUCAUGGGGACGAAGCCCUUCGAACAAGCAGACUCAGCCUCAGCAGGAAUCCAACCAGUGGGGUGCAGGUGCUGGUGCUGCUGCCGGUGGUUACUAUGCUGGCUAUGGACAAGGUUAUAGUGGAUAUGCACAACCUCAAGACCCUAACAUGUACGGUUAUGGGGCUUACCCUGGCUAUCCGAACUACCAACAACCAGCAGGGCAGCAGCCACCUCAACAGUGAUCUCUGUCAAAACAGCAGAACCCCCAUUUCAGUGCGGCACUGUCGAGCUAUGAUCUAGCGCCUGUCAAUAGAGAGAGAGAUGGUUUCUGGACUUCGGAUUUUGGUGUUGCCUGCUGGCGAGCUUCAUUCUAUGCGUUGUAUUAUGAAGAGCUUUUCCCUGCUGCCCCAUUUCGGUUCUCGAGACAUGUACUGGAAAACAUGCUUUGUUUGACCAACCCAACUCUCCUGAUGUACUGUUAUUUUAUUAUUACUGUUGUGUUAUGCUUUAUAAAUUAUAUACUAUUGAACUGGUCAUUUCCUGUUGCAA